AUGCUCGGCAGGUCCGGGUACCGGGCGCUGCCCCUGGGGGACUUUGACCGUUUCCAGCAGUCGAGCUUCGGCUUCCUGGGCUCGCAGAAGGGCUGCUUGUCCCCGGAGCAGGGCGGCGUGGGGCCGGGGGCCGAUGCACCUCAGAGCUGGCCCUCCUACUUCUGCCACAGCCUCAUCAGUUUCCUGGGGUUCUUGCUGCUGCUGAUCACCUUUCCCAUUUCUGGCUGGUUCGCCUUGAAGAUUGUGCCCACCUAUGAGCGGAUGAUCGUGUUUCGACUGGGCCGGAUCCGCACCCCUCAAGGGCCUGGCAUGGUUCUACUCUUGCCCUUCAUUGACUCCUUUCAGCGGGUGGAUUUGAGGACACGAGCUUUCAGUGUCCCUCCCUGCAAGUUGGCCUCUAAGGAUGGGGCUGUGCUGUCCGUGGGGGCCGAUGUCCAGUUCCGCAUCUGGGAUCCGGUACUGUCUGUGAUGACUGUGAAGGACCUGAACAUGGCCACGCGCAUGACGGCCCAGAACGCCAUGACCAAGGCCCUGCUCAAGAGGCCUCUGCGGGAGAUCCAGAUGGAGAAGCUCAAGAUCAGCGACCAGCUCCUGCUGGAAAUCAAUGAUGUGACCAGGGCGUGGGGGCUGGAGGUGGACCGAGUGGAGCUGGCAGUGGAGGCCGUGCUCCAGCCCCCCCACGACAGCCCAACGGGGCCCAGCUUGGACAGCACCCUCCAGCAGCUGGCCCUCUGCUUCCUGGGAGGAGGCCUGUCCUCCGUGGCGGGAGGUGCUUCAGCCCCAGGGUCAGCAGACACCUUGGAGAUGGUGAGCGAAGCUGAACAGCCUGCCCCUCACGUUGGUGCUGGGCCCAGCCCAAAGCAGCCCGUGGCCGAGGGCCUGCUGACUGCCCUGCAGCCCUUCCUGUCGGAGGCCCUGGUCAGCCAGGUCGGGGCCUGCUACCAGUUCAAUGUCAUCCUGCCCAGUGGUACCCAGAGCAUCUACUUCCUCGACCUCACUACAGGGCACGGGAGGGUAGGACACGGGGUGCCUGACGGCAUCCCGGAUGUGGUGGUGGAGAUGGCGGAAGCGGACCUGCGGGCCUUUCUGUGCAGGGAGCUGCGGCCCCUGGGGGCCUACAUGAGUGGGCGGCUAAAGGUGAAGGGUGACCUGGCCAUGGCCAUGAAGCUGGAGGCUGUCCUCAGGGCCCUGAAGUAGCAGCUUUGGCUGACUGUCCAUAGCCCAGCCCCAAGUCUGGCAUCAAGCCAGGGGGGCAUCUUGGAGGAGGAGGCACUGGUGCCACACCUUGGAUUGUUGAGGCCCUGAGAAGUUCGAGGCUCAGCCAGGAGCCAAUGAAUAGAGACUGGGCAGACACCAGAGGCUGGGAGACAUGGACAAGCCUUUGCCCAUCCUGGUCCCUGGCUGACUGCCCCGCCCUGAGCCGGGUACACAGAGUGAUGACAAGAGGGCCAGGCCUGCUCCACUCUGCUGGCUAACUGACUGGAGAGGCAGGGCCCGCAGAAACAGCCUGACUGCAGCGGGUUUGGUCCCAGCGUGAGGGAGCCAAGCAUGUGGCUCAGGUCCCAGCUCAAGCGGGGAUCAGAGAGGGUGAGUGGGGGAGAAGGAAGGCAGCCACCAAGGAGAGUCACUGCAGGGCAGGGAUUCGGGGAUCGAGUUGGGCCUGCCUUCCUGGUUGUCGUCUAGGCCCAAGUCAGUGUGCAGGGGGGAUGGAAGAGUGUGGGGCCUUCUCCACCUCUGGCCCUGCUCCUGAAGAUGUCUUGACUCAUCUACCAGCUCCGUCUUGCAUGCCUGACGGGCUGGGGCCCAGGGCAGCAUGUAGGAGAGCCCUGUUCCUGUGCUUUUUACCAGAGGUUUGCAAACCACCAAUAAAUGUGCUGUUUACAAUG